AUAAUCUUCCCACGUUCCAGUUCACAGUUGUAAUCCUGACUAUAGUGGCCUAGCAUUCAAAUACCGCAGUAGAACUCUGCGGAGGACAGUUCAAAGAAGAAAUCGGAGAUCUCAUUAACAAUCUCCGCCCUUCUAUCUGUCGCCUCUCUCUGCAAUCUUCCAUGUCUGACGAACCAUUUCUCACUCGUUGGAGCUUCCAGGAUUUUAAGUUUUUUUAUGAUGCGAAGUUUGGAAGGAAGAAGGAGCCGAAGCCGGAAGAGGAGAUUGCUGGAACGGGAAACGGAAAUCACAGCAAUGGUGUAGCGAAUGGAACUUCUUCGACUGAGAAUGGAGGAAGAAAGCGUGAAUUUGCUGUUUAUGAGCAGUAUAGGAAUCAGGGUAGAAAUGGGGCUCACUCAAAUGAAGGUUCCGCGAAUGGGGCUGGUGAUGUUGUGAACAAGCCCAUGCUGCCUUCAUUUGAAGAUGUUGAAACACGUAACUUAGCGGAAAGUCUAUGCAGAGAUAUAAUCCGAGGAAGCCAAGAUGUCAAGUGGGAGAACAUAAAGGGUCUUGAGACAGCUAAGCGCCUACUUAAAGAAGCUGUCGUCAUGCCUAUCAAAUAUCCAAAGUACUUCACUGGAUUGCUAUCCCCAUGGAAAGGUAUACUCCUGUUUGGUCCUCCAGGAACAGGAAAAACAAUGCUGGCGAAGGCUGUUGCCACAGAGUGCAAUACCACUUUUUUCAACAUUUCAGCAUCAUCUGUUGUCAGCAAGUGGAGGGGUGACUCAGAGAAAUUAGUGAAAGUACUUUUUGAGCUAGCCAGGCAUCAUGCACCAUCCACUGUUUUUAUAGAUGAGAUCGAUUCAGUUAUUAGUCAUCGUGGUGAAGCACGUAGUGAGCAUGAAGCUAGUAGGCGUUUAAAGACUGAGCUCCUCAUACAGAUGGAUGGCUUAAGCAGGAGUAAUGAGCUAGUUUUUGUCUUGGCUGCAACAAACCUCCCUUGGGAACUUGAUGCAGCUAUGCUCCGCCGACUUGAGAAGCGAAUACUUGUGCCCCUUCCUGACCCUGAGGCAAGGCGAGCCAUGUUUGAAGAACUUCUUCCAUCGGCAACUGGUGACAAUCAAGUUCCAUAUGAUGUACUGGUAGAAAAAACGGAAGGAUACUCUGGUUCUGAUAUAAGAUUGGUGUGCAAAGAGGCUGCCAUGCAGCCAGUUAGACGAUUGGUGUCGGUGCUUGAACAAAAACAGGAAGUUAUUCCCGAGGAUGAAUUGCCUCCUGUUGGACCAAUAGAACUUGGAGAUAUAGAGCUGGCAUUGAAGAACACCCGGCCAUCUGCUCAUCUUCACGCACAUCGUUAUGAGAAAUUCAAUGAAGAUUACGGUAGUCACAUCCUCCAAUGAAAGCAACUGCUUCAAAAGUUUUGAUUUUGUUGCAAGUCAGGUAUCAAAUUAAGUUUCCGAGAGUAGGUAUGAGUCAAGCUUGAGUUUAUGGCAGCUUGACUCACUUCCUUAGAAGAAAAUAGCUUAAAUUGAAAUUCAGCGGAGUUUUAUUACACAUGUCGAGCCCUAAUUUGCAAGUUGGCCUGAUCAGUCGCUCUUACUUUAGACCAAUAAUAAUGUUUAUGUUUUUCAUUUCAUGGCGUUGUCGAUUGUAUUCAUCAAGCUUUCAAUUUUUUUUUUAAAUGUUGGAAAUUCUUUUGAUGUAGAUGAAUCAUGAUUCAAAUUGAGCGACAUCUUUUGCUCCUAGCUACC